UCAGGAAGUGAGGAUGACCCAUCUACUUUUAGUGCUGAUUUCAAACAUCUACUCUCAAUAUACUGAAGAAAUACCAAAACCCACAGUGACCAUCAAACCUGCUCAACAUGUAUUCAGAGGAGAGACAGUCACUCUCAGAUGUGACAUAUAUGCUGAAGGAGUCUCUAGCUGGCGGUACAGCUGGUAUAAAGACAGUUCAGGCAAUGCUUCCAGUGAUCAACAGGAACACACAUUCAGUUAUGUUACUGAGUCUGACGCAGGUAAAUACUCCUGUUAUGGAGGAGAGAGAGAAGGAUCACGAACAUCACGCCGCAGUGAUGAAGUUACACUGACAGUAUCAGGUGAGUGUGAUCAUCUCUUCACAUACACACACAAGUUUAUCAUGUUAUUAAUGAGUGAUUUCUCAGCUUCAGAUCCCAGAGCAGUUUUAAGUGUUUCUCCACAGACGUGGUUGACUGAAGGAGAUCCAGUGACUCUGAUCUGUGAGGUUAACGGCUCCUCUACAGGCUGGACAUUCAGCUGGUUCACUGUAACUGUCUUAUCAUACAACAGAUAUCGUUAUGAUCUGCUCUCAGACAGCAGCAGAGGAGCUGGAGGAAACUACACUGUCAGUUCUGCUGCUCUAAAUCACACAGGAGUUUAUGUGUGCAGAGCAAAGAGAGGAGAACCAGCCUAUAACACACCGCACAGCAACAAACAGUUAAUAUGGGUCACUGGUGUUUCUCCUCCAGUCUCUCUGAUCGUCAGACCCAACAGAACUCAACACUUCACAUCUGUCUCUCUCUCUCUGAGCUGUGAGGACCAGAGUAACUCUACUGAAUGGACAGUGAGAAAAUACACAGACAGCUGGCGGUGGCUGGAAGAUUGUUCAUCAUCAGUGUCAGGAUCACAAACAGGAUCUACAUGUACAAUCACAGACACCAUCCCAUAUGACACUGGAGUGUACUGGUGUGAGUCUGAAUCUGGAGAGAAAAGUCAUCCUGUUAAUAUCACUGUACACCCUGAUGUGAUUCUGGAGAGUCCUGUUCAUCCUGUGAUUGAAGGAGAAACUCUGACUCUACGCUGUUUAUAUCAAAAUAAAACCACACCAAACCUCAGAGCUGAUUUCUAUAAAGAUGGGUCACUUAUCCAGAGUCAAACUACAGAGAUGAUCAUCUCUACUGUCUCAAAGACACACGAGGGUUUCUACUCCUGCAAACACCGAGCGAGAGGAGAGUCACCCAAGAGCUGGAUCUCAGUCACAGCGUCUCAUUCAGGAUCUCAGAUCUCUGUCCUCCACACACUCAGUUCUGUUCUGGCAGUUUCUCCAUAUCUGCUAGUGACAGUCGUGCUGAUUUUCAAAUGCUGCAGGAUGAGAGGGUUUUUCCAAACAAAUGGAAGGAACAAGCAGAGAGGUGUACAAACAAUCUUCUUUAAUUGAUACUCAAAUAUAUCAUCAUACAAAACGCAAUUCGUUAGAAAAAUACAAAUUACAAAUGCAAUACUGUUUUUACAUAAAAAUAGUAUUCAGUGGCCACUAAUGUAUCUUGACUUGACGACCUCAAUAUCCCUUGGGAUAAUUCAACAUUUAGUAAGGAGAAGAAAAACAACAGAAAAACCCCAGUAAAUUCAAUACAACAAAACCCUCCAAAAUUCACACUCCACAAACCAAUAAAGCAAAAUAAAAUUACCCUCACUCAAAAUAACCAAAACCACAACCACAACCCACACCACAAACAAACCAAACAACAACAAAAAAACAGUAAACCCUCCCCUCAGAUGAUAGCCCUUGUUGGUUAGAAGGGAAUUGACAAUCAAAGAUAACAAUAGCCACACCCGAUUCUCACAACAAAACAAAAUACAAAAUUACAAUUAGAUCAAUCAAAAUAAAAAAACAAAACACCACCGGUUAAUCUUGCACGCACACAACAACAACCACCACACGCUCACACUCACUCACACACACGAUUAAUUCGCUAUAAUGCGACUUGAACACACACAGUCCAAUGCCCUUGAAGGGAAGCUAAUUACUUUUCCGCAGCACAGCAACACAGUCAGGCCGCUACACAGCAGCAAGACAGCAACGGACAAAUUUCUGCAGCACAAUUAACUGGCUCUCAAUACGAGUGGUGAACGAUCCACCAAUCCUGCCUGGAUCAAGCCUGAAAUGCGUUGAUGCAGUUGAAAACCCUCAGGCCCACGCCCAGAGUUAGAGAAGAAUUCCAACCUUAUACAGGUUACUGUGUUUACUAAAUAGUUUUCUCGACACGAUCAACACGCAGCCAGUAUACCAUGCCGGAAGAAACGGAAGUAAAGGGAACUCUCCGCGCUUUUUUUUUAAAGGGGCCGUAAACUUAACUUCCGCCCAACUCCAUCCACCCACACAGAAUGGAAAACCCCCCAAAGGGGAUCACCCCAUUACAGGUAGUUCAUAAAAACAAUAAACACAGAGAGAAAAAAUCAUACGUACCUGUUCAAGUAAAUGCUUGAUUGUUUUGUGUGUAUUUAACAGCUGCAUCUGUUGAAGAGCAAGAAACUGCAAUCUGAUCUAAAUCUGUCGUGAUGGUGAGAAAACUUCAGCUUCAUCCUGGAUUCUCUCAGUAUCUCAGUUCAGACUGAACAUGAUUACUUACUGUAAAAGUCAUGUUUUGAGAGAGACUCCUUUUGGCAUCUCACAGUUAAAAUCAUCAUGAACCAGCAUCACAACCCUUUUGACUUCUGAGUGAAACAGAAUA